AUGGGAGAAUUCUCAUAAAAGGGGUGAGCGUGACCGGAGAGAGGAAGGUUCGCAGGAAGAAUAUGGUUUUUAAGAUGCAAACUCAGAAUUUAUGCCCACCGGGUGAAUUUACUGUUUCAUUCCAGCUACGAGGUCCAAUUGAUCAUCUAAACUUGUCUUGUAAUUUUGGACCUGACGGAAUUUUUGAAGGUGUUGCGAAGAAAAAACAGCAGGUCCUUUAAGGUGCAGUGACAUAUUUAGAUCAAAAUAUUUCCUCUUUGUAUUAGUACCUCUAUAGUCCAAAGUACUUUGUUUGGAGUUGCAUGUGAAAGUUGUGUCUGUGGCUUUCCCCACUUUUAUAUUAGUCAAACAAGCCAAUUAUAUUAACAAUUAUAUCUGAACCAAUUAAGUAAUCCCGCCAUUUAGGUUCCUGAUAUAUGAACAAUCAUUCUGCAUUGUUUUUGGAAUGUGGACAUAUUUUUUCAUGUUGAGAUUCAUAAAGCUUUUUAUUUUGAAUUAA